GCGGAAGUGAGCGUUGCUGGGCGCCGAUGCGGGGAGAAAGCGGCUGUGGAGAGAACGUGUCUCGACCGAGGAAGAAAAAGGAUUGUUUUACCAAGAGCCCAGCUCUGUUAGGAGUUUAACCAGUUGCUUCAGACUACAUCCAGCCCCCAAACUUGACUGCAUCGCGUAAUUUAUCCGUUUCACCGCGGUCUAGUACUAGGGACAAGAGUUCAGGCUGGCUUUCCGUAAGUUGCUGAAUCUCGUGCUGAUUGUUCCUCUAUAAAUACCUUAAAAUCAGGGAACAUAAUACUUGGUUCUUCCUUCCAAACAUCUUAUAGUUAAUAAUGCUUGGAUUCAGCUUCUUCAUUUCCAACAUGGAAGAAACUUACAUCGAUUCCCUGGACCCUGAAAAGCUAUUACAAUGCCCCUAUGAUAAAAACCACCAGAUCAGGGCCUGCAGGUUUCCUUAUCAUCUUAUCAAGUGCAGAAAGAAUCAUCCUGAUGUCGCAAACAAAUUGGCUACUUGUCCCUUCAAUGCUCGUCACCAGGUUCCUCGGGCCGAAAUCAGUCAUCAUAUCUCAAGCUGUGAUGAUAAAAGUUGUAUUGAGCAGGAUGUUGUCAACCAAACCAGGAACCUUGGACAAGAGACUCUGGCUGAGAGCACAUGGCAGUGCCCUCCUUGCGAUGAAGAUUGGGAUAAAGAUCUGUGGGAACAGACCAGCACCCCAUUUGUCUGGGGCACAGCCAACUACUGUGGCAACAACAGCCCUGCAAGCAACAUAGUUGUGGAACAUAAGAGUAACCUGGCUUCAGGCAUGCGUGUUCCUAAGUCUCUGCCAUAUGUUCUGCCAUGGAAAAACAAUGGAAAUGCACAGUAACUGAAUAUCUCAUCAAAUGCCAGACCCUAGAAGACUCUUGCUUCUUCCUGCCACCAAUGGGUUCUUCAUGGUUUUUCCUCCUAAUCUAAUUAUACAAAGAUAAACUGUCUGUGACUUUCAAACUGACAAGUACCUUUUUUUUUCUUCCCUGCUUUGAGUCUUCACUCAUUUGAUGCAAGAAAAGAACCCUCAAACUCAGAACUGUUUCAAAUAAAGCAUCAAUAUAGAUA